UGGCCCACUUUUGUUCCUUCUUUGUAUUUUUUUCGUCUGGUCUCCUCCCACAUUGCUAGAUCUGAAAGACCCUGUUCUCUGCCUAGUUUCUAAAAUGUGUUGUUCUAAGUGACUUUGUUUCUCGUUCUAUAGUGGGCGCUGUGUUGGCACUGAUGUGCUACACCAUUCAGUUUCUGAAACUCUACUCGUACAAAGAUGUAAACAAGUGGUGUCGAGAACUGCGCCGAGCAAAAGUGAAGACUUUAGUGAGAUCUUUGUCAGCUCCGGGUUUGAAAGAGAAUGGUGAAGCAGUGCAAUCGGUAGUCGUGUAUCCAGGGAACCUGACGUACAAAGACAUGUAUUAUUUCCUAUUUGCUCCCACUCUGUGCUAUGAGCUAAAUUUUCCCCGGUCGCCCCGGAUUCGAAAGCGGUUCUUACUGAGGAGAAUGUUUGAAAUGCUUUUUCUCAUCCAGUUACAAGUGGGGUUAGUUCAGCAGUGGCUGGUGCCAGCAAUACAGAAUUCUAUGAAACCGUUCAAAGAUAUGGACUGUUCCAGGAUGAUAGAGCGCUUACUGAAGCUUGCGGUUCCCAACCACCUGAUCUGGCUCAUCUUUUUCUACUGGUUUUUCCACUCAUCUAUGAAUGUUUUAGCUGAACUGAUGAAAUUUGGAGAUCGGGAGUUCUACAGGGACUGGUGGAAUUCGGAGACAGUGACGUACUUUUGGAAGAACUGGAAUAUUCCUGUUCACAAGUGGUGCAGCAGGCACUUCUACAAGCCCAUGCUGAAGAGAGGAAUGAACAAGAGGACGGCACAGACAGCAGUCUUCCUCGCAUCAGCUUUCUUUCACGAGUAUCUGGUCAGUGUUCCUCUGAAGAUGUUCCGACUGUGGGCAUUCAUGGGGAUGAUGGCCCAGGUUCCACUGGCUUGGUUAGUUGGGACGUUUCUGAGUGGGAAUUACGGAAAUGCGGCAGUGUGGUUGACCCUGAUCAUUGGGCAGCCGAUUGCAGUGCUGAUGUAUGUGCACGAUUAUUACAUUUUGAACCAUGAGGGACCUCUGUGAUUACAGGAAACCUGCAAAAACUACAGAAUCUGCAACGUGAACAAGGACACUCAUCUACUUUCAUAAUCGGUGGAAAUUUCUUGGAGAGGAUUUUCUUUUGUUCUAAGGGGUUUGGUGCUUUAAGGAAAGUGUUUGUGGGACACGGGGACCACCAUCCUUUUAGAAUUAUUCUAUUUGCAUCCACAGAGCAGUGGGAAAAAUGGCACUGCAGUCAGGGGUGGGGAUGAGGGUAAGUUGGAAAGUAGAAUUUCAGUCAGCAUGAUCACUGAUGUGGGAUAUAAAAUAUGUGGUCCAUACGUAGUGUAACCAUCCACUGUAAAAGGGAGAAAGGUGGUUGGAUUUUGUCUGCGUGAUCCCCAAAAAAACAGUGAGAAAGCUGACAUCCUGGUCAAUACUGCUAUCUGGCUGUUUGUUCCAUCUUAGGAUCUCUGUCCAUUCAUUUAACAGGGAUCCAUAAGAUCUUAACCUGGUUGGCAAACAGAGCCAUGUUUUAACCCCACAGAUGCUGAAUGAAAUAUGUUCCACAAAGAUUCUUCAGGGAUGGAUUGGUGAAGUCUGUGCCCCUGAGGGGUGGGGGGUGCAAUUGGAGGAGAAAGUGUCUCAUUUGAUUCGGCCCAGUGAAAACAAUUCUUUCACUGUCUCUCUCCUCCUUUGGAAGUGGGGGAUUGAAGCACAUAAUAGAGUGUUCUUUUCUCCACUAACUUAUUAGAGAUAUGAGAGUAUUAAAUAUUGAACAUCUUCAGCUGGAGAUGAGCAUGGUCCUGAGCUAGUGGGAGGAGUACCCCAUGGAGGACAUUUAUUAUUUUAUCUUUAUCAUUUGUUUUUCUCGGUUAUUGUUCCUUGAGAAAAUUGCUGGUAUGUUUCUUUGCUGUUUCUCAUAUUCCCUCUACCCAGAGAAGAAUAUUCCUGGUCACAGGUUCAAGCUGUGAUAGCUGUGUUCAGGAAUGUGUUCCCUGUAGUUAAUGAGCCCAGUAUAGGAUUUCACCAUUUUCUUGAGUGACAACUUUGGACAACUGUCCUAAAGGAGAUCAAAUAUCAUCUCAAAAUAAACCAUCAGCUACCUGCUCAGUCGAUGGAAGGGUGAGAGUGAGAUUUCUUCUAUUUAUUUGGCUGUUUUUUUAAAGACAAUAGUAAAAACCAUGUUUUUAUCCUCCGAGUUCUCCCCACCUCCCACUUCUUGUACCCAGCUCUCCUUUGACAAGGUUAGUUUCCAAUACAGCCAGUGAGGCAAGUGAAUGAUUUGCUUGUAUGAGGGAGUUUAUAGAAUGGCCUCACAGGAGGAAGUCCUGUCCAUCAGCUGUUCAUCCAGUCAAAAACAUUGACUUUUGCUGACAUAUUCUAACAAAGUGUUAGAUGAGUGAGUGAAUGCCUUAAAAAAACAAAAAACUCCUCCACUGUCUGAUCUGUCCUUUAGGAACUGUCCUCCAGUUCACACCACCACACCCCCACCACGUGCAGGUUUCACCACUUCAAGUCAUUAAUGAAAUGUUGUGGACAUUUCCCACUACAAACACUGGUCAUUAGAAAACUUGAUAGUUUUCAAAGACACUUUCAUGUUUAAGGGAGCUAACACCAGCUUGAAACAGAGAUAAUCCUCCCCAGAAAUGUGUGUCUGUUUGUUUUUCACUAAGUGCCUGACUGGUUUUGUAACUUCUGAUUGCAAGUUUGUUACCUGAUUUUUUUACUGUAACAAAACUGCAUCAACAAUGCAAUUUCUGGAAUAUUAUCUUUCACACAGUCAAUAUUUAACAUUCCUGACCCACUUGGGGAGCCCAUCAGCAACUGAAAGCUGGAAUGAUCUGUGUAGAGGAGAGGGGCUUAUUUUAAUAAAGGUGGGCAGCAAGUAGAUUAUGGAUGCAGAGUGUGACAGAUGCUUCCACUAAUAGGAUCUGUGCUGGGAUAGCUGUUUCCUGUUUUGGCUCUGUGUGCCUCACCAUUGUUGACCAGAGUUCAUGAGUAAAGCCACUGAGGUCAGGAGUACACUGCACUGGUGAAAUGCAAACUUAAUAGGAGGAAGCAACUUUCUCAGGCUGUCAAAUAUUCUGAUGUUUUGUUAAGUGGAUCUGAGUUGCUUUGUAGAGGGAUUGGAGGAAUGAGGGAGGGCAAGGGAAUCUGCUGAGAAGAACUCCUCCCCCAACCUUUAUACAUCUUUGUCUCCUCCUUGUUGCUCUUAUUAAAUACCGGCAUUCUGUCCUGGAAAUGAGAGAGGCAGAUGAUUGGAAUAAAGUGGUGGGAAUCAUCUGCAGUCUCCCACCCUCCAGCUGGUCUGUACAAUCAGUGAAUCUUGACUGUCUUUACUGGUGCCCAGUCCAGAAUCUGAUUUUAUUCCCGUUGGGGGGUGGGAUCCAGACAAUACGAUCGUGUUGUCCUAUUUGUGCUGAUUUUUGACUUUUGAAUAUAAUUUUUUGUUUAUUUUUAUAAGAAAACUGCCCAUCCUCUGCAGAGAUCUUAUUUUUGUAAAUACACUGCCCCCAUCUGAGGAUGGGCUGCGUAACAGUGAGCCAAGGCAGGACAAUGUUACGCUCACAUCUGGUGCAUUGUAUUGCACAUUCUUUUUACCACUUCUGUUCUCUUUGCCCUUUGUAUAGGACUAACCAGAAUGAUAUCCUACUGUAUCAUGCCUUACCUUGUGAUAAGAGAAAUGUCCUGUUUGGAAAAAGCCACAUAGGUCUAGAGGACCAUGAGGUUGAAAAGGCAGGACCUUAAAUGGUGACCUCACCCUGUUUGGGAUUAGUUUAAUACAUUGUAGAUUAUACAACCCAAUUUCUCUCCCUAUUGAUUGAUGUCAGAGCUCUGCUGGCUGGAGGCUAAUUACUAUUAAAUACUAAAAAGUGAAUGCUGACCAUGUCACCUCACUUGGUUUCUUAACCCUCUCGAUCAAGAUGGCUAACUUUCUGUAUCAAAGAACAAAGCUCCAGAACUUGUUUACCAAACUCUAUAUUAGGUAGUGAUUUUACAGUCUGUCCUCAUCAUAAUGGAAAGGUUUUUAUCCAAGACAAAUUUUAUAUAUCCAUGUGCCUCAAUAGGUGGGUCCCAGUCUUGUUCCCAUCUAUUGUGCUGCUCAGCUGUAACCUGGGAUCAGAAGUUCACCCAGUGUCCCCUUGCUGCUGUCCUUCACUGUUUUCAAUGAGUUACAGAUGUAACAAAGGCACCAGCAAUGUCCCUCUAAACAUGUUUUUUAAUGCAGUUUUAUGUAUAUAGAUUUAAUUUCUGAUACUGUAAUGAUAUCAUUCUAUUUGUGCCAUGUCUUUUAGGGAGUUUAUUGAAACUGUAUUUAAUCUUGGAAAUUGAACCAAUUAAUAGCGAUCAUGGAUUAAAAAAAGGGAAGCCAAGACUAUCACAAGGUCUGGCCAGCCUGCAAAUGGGUGUUUUUCACGUAGCACUUGCAAUAGGUAUGGUUUUUAAUAAAAACAAUUUUAAACAA